GUUAGUACGAAGGGUCACUUGUUUCCAAGAUAUUGUAGUUACAUCUUCGGAUACAUACGUAAAUGGUAAAUACAUUUUUCCCUUUUUUUCAGACCUAGAUUUUGAACUGACAGCUCUUCUUAAAAGUGCUGCGCAGUAUAUUGUGGACGGGGCCCCAUCAACAGAACUAAGUAAAGAAGAGGCCGCCACCGCCGCAGCUGUGUUCGUCCUGUCAAAAUGCUUGGUUCGGCGAAGGGGUGAGGCCGGUCGGCGUCCACCCAAAGCGAAACUUGACGAUGUGAUUCGAGUCGUGCAAUGUGCCACUCUUCGGCUCCUUGAGAAAAAGUAUGUGACCUCUGAUGUUAUAGUUAAAGCGCUUGAACAACUUAUUAAGCAGAAUGUAGUAGAGGCAAUGCCCAGGCAAUAUGUAUACCGAUAUACGUUAAACGAAAGUGUCCUUACAAAAGAACAAGCCAAAUCUAUUGUAGAAGAUAAAUUAAAAGGCAUCAAAUUCACAUUUUUGAGGACACUGUCUUGUUUGGAUGGAAAAAACUAUGAGGCAUUGGAGAACAUCGCUGUCUACAUGGAAGAUGCGGUUACUUUCUUCAUGAGCCACUCAGUAAGUAAUAGCUAUACGUACGACAGACCUGACGAGUUACCUCUUAGUAAACCAUCAAAAAAUAUUUUUAAUUCCGAUGCCACACCAGCACCGAAUAGUGGAAUCUCAAUUUCAGCCGACUGACAAAGUUGCUCAUGCUCAUCGAAAACAGUCAAUGAAGUAGUUGGGUUGGGGUUUUUGCUUACAGAGCUGGCAGUAUUCUCCAGCAGUGGUUGUUCAGCAGCAAAACUAACGGAGGGGGUUCUGAAAAGAAGAUAUAUUAACCGGUCUACCAAAAUGAAUGCUCUUCUUUGCAAUACAAUGGAAGUAUUUUCAUACAUUCAUAUCAUUGGUGGAUGGUGGCAGAUUUAUUCUCAAGUGACUAGAAUCCUCUGUCGCCAGCCAGAGAACGUCCCGGCAUCCCUGCCAGAUAAUAUUCCAGCACCAUUGCCAGAUGUUCAAGCACCCCUACCUGCUCAUCUAGUACCACUGCCAGCUGCUCCAGGAAUCGUGGAGGCUGCUCCAGUCCUCAGGACGGCUGACAAUAGUCAGGACGCCUUCCUAGGCCACACCGAGACUGUCCAAAACGAAGGAAGUGAUGACUCCCUAAUGUCAACUCUGUCUGAUUUAAUUUAUGAAAUGCCCGAAGUGUCCUCUGAUCGGUCGCAGUCACCACAUUUUUUUGACUUGAAAACUGCCAACCACAGUCAACAGCUUGCAUCAGACCACCUCUAUGCUGGACCAUGCAGAUCUGAACGAACUCUUCCUUACAGCGGUUAUUUAAAUUGAGUAGUGAGAACUGUGUAUUAAUAUUAAUUAAUAUUUAUGGUUGUUUUUUGUAUUAUUUUUUUCUAGUCUAUUAAAACAAUGGUUGUGACUAAUAA